UUGGUACAUGCACUAGUUAGUGGAUUCAUAUAUAUUAUGUAAUAGUGCUUAGUCAUAAAAUAAGCAUUUGUUGCAUUUGUUGUCGCGUUCUUAGACUCUCACCUGCGCAACAGCGUAACCUAGCCAUUUCUGUUCUCCGUCCCAUGCAAGUCAACUCUCUUGGAUAGGUCCCGAUACUUGUUGCAUCAUCCGCUCCCGCCAGUGGCUCGCCAAUCGCCCUUCGUACAGAUACCAGACAUACCAGACAUAGACAUUUACACUAUUAGAAUCUCCAAUUUAUUCGGCAAAGACCGAGAACCCCCCUCGAAUCGCGCAUAGCUUCUUAAUGUCUUCAAAUGGCUCCUAAUUUUCGUCCAAAUACCCAAACGCGACGUGGAAAUCGUAGCGGAUAUGUAGAACAUGACGAUUUUGAGGGCUUGCCCGUAAGACAAUGGCGCCAAGAAUGGGUCAAGAUUGGACCGCCUCCGCCCGCAGAGAUAACUCAGAAGAACGAUAUAUGGGCAAUCGAAUUUCCACAUGGCAUGCCCAAAGAUUCGCAUUUGCUAGCCACACACUCUCUAGAGCUGUUAAAGGCAACUCGCUCAGGGAGGAUGUACAAGCGACCAGCGCCCGCGGAAGAAGAGGAGGUUGACCCCGAUGCUGCUCUAGCAGAAAAACCAGAGAAGAAGGAGGAGGACCCAAGCAUCAAAGGCUAUCAAGUCAAAGUUUGGAAGCAGGUCGCCCGUAAUGCCGAGGGUGCCACCGUCUCCCACCUGGCCAAACGGAGGAAAGGAGUUAUCACGCUAUCAUCUAGCCUUCCGGCUGGCCCGUCAUCUAGUCCGGCCAUAGUGAAAGUAACCGUUCGCCGCAUCGACGCCGCAGGAAAUCCUUACACGCAAGAAAUCACAAUAAAUGAUGGUCAGCCGGUGGAUGGGGAAAUUAUAUCGACUGUGGUGGUGCCAGCGCCUAAUACUACCGCAAACGGUGAAGCAUCUGCCGCCGCGACUCCGGUCCGAAGACGGCCGCCACCGCCCAAGAGAAAGCCUAAGGGACCUGGUCGAGGUCGGAAGAAGAAGCUGCCUUUGCCAACAAAUACACGUCCCGAGGCGACCAAUACGGGCGCGGAUACUAUUACGGAUGGUACUAAACUCAAUCUUCCAGAAUCUGAUAAUAUCAAACAAGAUGACCAAUCCGAAACUAAAAACCAGGACAGCGAAAUGGCCGACGACGAUGACGGAGACGAUGGAGAAGAUGAUGGAGAAGAUGGCGAGGACGGCGACGAUGGCGACGAGGAGGAUAGCGAAAUGCCUGAUGGCGAGAGCGGAGCAGGUUUCAGAGCUGAAAGCGAAACCAAACCUGAUAGCGUCGUUGAAGUUCCUCCAGCGAUCACUCAGGCUGAGCCCUCCAUCAACACGAUACCAUCGGAGGUCUCGCCUAGUAUUGGGCCGUCACCUCCUAAUUCUAUCUUAAACCCAGUCCAGCCUCCUACACAGCACGUCCCAUCGCAAUUUGAAGGAAGCCCGCUCAAAAAUGUUGUAGCUGCAACAUCGCCAACAGACUUGUCGCCAAAAUUCCCACCGAUCGAAGAAAUCGCAAGCACAAUUGCUACAACCGAUACCAGGCCAUCGGAAAUAUCAUUAGAUCCCGUUCCAACGUUACCUGGUCCAAUCGAACCAGUUCCCCAGGGAACAGAAUCAGUUACAGCAAAGCUUCAAGUGGACGUAGAGAUGACAGACGUUCCUCGCCAAGAACAGACGGAGACCCCAGUUCCGCCCGUAGUGGAAGGAGAAACGCGACAGUCGGAUGUUUUAGCGGUUAAUCCGCUACCAACCGUAGAUUCUAUUCGAGGCGAAGAUGCUUCUACGCAUCCUUCACCACCGCCUGCAGUUAUGCCAGAGAUUACGAAUACCGAACAGCCAAUCGAAGAGGUUGUUUCCGAGACAGUUGUGAGCGUGGUUACGAAUCAAGAACCACUGGCUCCUGAACCAGCUCCUGAACCAGCUCCUGAACCGGCUCCGGCUCCGGCUCCGAUACUUGCCGAUAGCCUACCAGCUCCCGGGCCUAUUGAUACCAAAGCUGAAGGCGCUGCCGUAGAAGGAGGAGAGGAGAAUGAACCCGAAAGUCCUGAUCUAUUUAGCGGUCUAGAGGCCGCCUUGAAUCAGCAAGGCGGGCCAAAGGAGGCCACGCCCGCUCAGGAAACAGAGGCAGCUUGAAUUCCUCCAGUAUAUUGAUCUUGAAUAACCCCGAUGAGACGUAUUAUAUCAAUACGUUCCGUUUCCUGGUUAUGCCUGCGAAUAGUAUAAAGUAGGCUUGUAUGAUUAUCUAAUGAAGAAAUGGGUAAAUAUGAAGGGAUAUUUUUCAUUUCAUACUAUUUCUGGUCUGGUUUAUGUUGUUUAUGUGUCGAGCUUUUUGUAAUUUAAACCCACCAAGACUUGGGAAUAGGAAAUUCAUCUUGAACUUGACAAAUAACUACCA